AUGCCGUCGAUCCGGCGACGAAGGUAUGCUGGCCUCAACGUUGCUGCCGUGAGCCUACAGGUCGCUGAACCGCUCAUAGAAGCCACACAUGGCACCAAAAUCAUUCAGGCAAUGUUACUGAAGAAGUCUGAUGACAUUGCUACUAGAUCACAACGUGAGUCUGCUUGUUGCAAAGAGUUUGGGGAACGCAAAGCCAUGACUGGAGAGCUGCGCAAUGUUCAAGAUGAGCUGGACGCUUUACUUGAUCUAAUUGCUGCAAAGGAUGUCAUUGCCAAAGUCGUCUUAGAUCCUGGUCGUAAGAUCCACAUCCAUCAAAUUUACGACCUGCGGACCCAGUUUGAUACCACCCAAGACCGUAUAGAGAUGCUCGAACAAGCAGUUGCUUGA